CCGCGCCGCGAUGAGCUCACCCGCGGCCAAUGGGCGGGCGGGGCCGCCGCCGGGCGCGCUCCUGCCGCGCGCCGAUCCCGAGGCGGCCGCGCGCAGCCCCGGCGGGGCGGGGCGGGGGGCAGGAGGAUGCCCGAGCCCCGCGCCGCGGCCCCGCGCCCCCCGGCCCCAUGAGCCGGCCGGGCCGGGACUACCUGGUGGAGGCGGCGCGGCAGCUGCGGCUGGCGCUGGAGCGGGACGUCAGCGAGGACUACGAGGAGGCCUUCAAUCACUACCAGAACGGCGUGGACGUGCUGCUGCGCGGCGUGCAGGUGGAACCCAACCGGGAGCGGCGCGAGGCCGUGAAGCGGAAGAUCACGCAGUAUCUGCGGCGCGCCGAGGAGAUCUUCACCUGCCACCUGCAGCGGGCGCUGGGCGACGGCAGCCCCGGCGGCACGGGGUACAGCAGCCUCCGCCUGCGGCCCGUCAGGACGCUGCGCUCGGCGGUGGACAACCUGCGGCGGUGCCGGGUGCUGGCGCUCAUCGACAAGGUGCAGGUGGUGCAGGACCCGGCCACCGGGAGGACCUUCGUCCUGAAGAGCCUCCCCAAGUCCUUCGUGGAGACCCGCGAGCGCCAGACCAUCAUCCCACACGGUGUCCCCUUCAUGGUGAAGCUGCUGUGCUACUACGCGAGUGAGGACUCCAUCUUCCUGCACCUGGAGCACGUGCAGGGGGAGACACUGUGGUCCCACCUGCGUGCCAAGUACCGCACUCAGCAGGGCGCUUCCCCCAGCUCCGCUUCCCCGUGUACCACAGCCCCCCCAGUCCUGCGGGGCCAUGGGGGAGAGAACAGUGAGGACGGCGCCCAAGGGAGCAGCCAGGGCUCCACCGACCAGACUGCAUCCACUCCCAGCCCCGGCCUCUGCGAGCAGGGUCUGGUCUUCCACACCCAGGACUGUGUGACCGCUGCCGAAGCCAAGGACUGCAUGUUGGCGAGAGCAGCUUCCCAGCAUGAGCCCAGGGCCCUCAGUGGCCAGACUGCCAGUCUGACCCGUGGUCGUGCUCCAGCCCCUCGGGACUCCGCAGGGCUCCGGCCUUGGGGGCACGGCCGCACGGCCUGGGCUGUGAAGGAGGAGCAGGUGCAGCUGUGGGCAGCAGAAAUCCUCUUGGCCUUAGAGGGGCUUCACCAACAGGGCGUGUUGUGCCGGGACCUCAAUCCCAGGAACCUGCUGCUGGAUACGGCCGGUCACGUCCGUCUCACCUUCUUUGGCCAGUGGACAGAGGUAGAGCCACAGUGCUGCAGCCAAGCACUGGAGCAGCUGUAUAGUGCCCCAGAAGUGGGGGGCAUCGCAGAGCUGACCGAAGCGGCUGACUGCUGGAGCUUUGGGUCGCUGCUGUAUGAGCUGCUGACUGGAGUGCCGCUGUUCCAAAGCCACCCAGCAGGAAUCUACCCUCACACACAGCUGCUUCUGCCUGAGGGUCUCAGCCUGGCAGCUACAUCACUGCUCACUCAGCUCCUCCAGCACAACCCCAAACGGCGUUUGGGUGCAGGAGGAGGUGGAAUCGCCAAGCUCAAGUCCCACUCUUUCUUCAGCACCGUCCCCUGGAGCAAGCUGGUGGGCUAAGCAGGGGGGAAGCUCUAGCCACCCAAAGCCUAUGAACCCACUUGGCGCCUCCGCUUGCGGUGGGGGGAGGUCUGCUUGCAAAAGGAGAGGGCACACGUGAGGUUUCGCAGCCACAAAUCUUCUGUUGCUGCCUACGCUUACUAGCGGCUUCAAGGGGAGGCUGAGGGUUCUUCUAUUAGGACCCCCCAGUGGGACGGAGCCUAUGCCCUAAACCUCCUCUGUACCACCCUUCUCGGCCGCCGUGGAGAGGCCACGGCCCACUGCUUAGCACAGCGCUGCGGGGUCUCUUCCCUCUGGUUUUCUCUCUGCUGCUACCGCAGUUGAUGUCCCCCAUUAUUUUUUGUGGCUUCCAGUUGUGUCUCCCCGGGGCUCUGCUGGCUGGUAGCUGAGCCUGGGCUCUGUGCCAUUCAUCAGCUGCAUGUGUGUGGUAAUGCCUGCUGCAGGUCAGGGGUGGGACGGAGCCCCUGGCUCUUAUACUCCCAGCUCUGUGAAAAGAAUAAACCACGUGUGACUGCUUGCA